GUGUAUGAGAGAGCCCCGCCCCUUGUUUAUGUGGUGGCGGCCCGUCGUCCAUGUUGGGAAGGUGAGGGGAGCGGAGUGCGGGGAGGACGGGGACCCCCCGGAGAUUACAGGAGAGCACCGGACUACAUGCUGAGGAGGCAGGCACAGCGCCCGGAGCCCCGGGGGAGCCCACAGCAGCUCGCACCCGGCUAAAGACUAUCCGAGCGGCCAGAAGAGGAGAGCCGAGCCACCCCCAUGGACGGCACGUCCGUCAUCACCCAGCUCACCAACCCCAAGGAGGAGGCCGUCCUGUCCUGUGCCCAGGAGAAGGUUUCACAAUGCAAUAUCAGCCUGAAAAAGCAGCGAAACAGAAGCAUCUUCAGCUCACUCUUCUGCUGCUUCCGCAGCUACAGCGUCGAGCCGCCAUCCUCCAAUAAUAACACCAGCCCGCUGCCUCCGUUGGUGGAAGAAAAUGGAGGCGUUCAAAAGGGUGAUCAGACGCAAGUCAUUACCAUUCCUACUCCACCUACUAAAUACCUCCUUCCAGAGCUGAACGUGUCCGAUUAUGGCAAGAAGUGUGUGGUCAUUGAUCUGGAUGAAACCUUAGUACACAGUUCAUUUAAGCCAAUUAACAAUGCCGACUUUAUUGUCCCUGUCGAAAUUGACGGAACGAUACAUCAGGUGUACGUAUUGAAGAGACCGCACGUAGAUGAAUUCCUUCAGAAGAUGGGCGAGUUGUUUGAGUGCGUCCUGUUCACGGCCAGCCUUGCGAAGUAUGCGGACCCCGUGGCCGACUUGCUGGAUCGAUGGGGCGUGUUUACUGAGCGACUCUUCCGAGAAUCCUGCGUGUUCCACAGAGGAAACUACGUGAAAGAUCUGAGUCGUCUAGGAAGAGAGCUGAGCAAGGUCAUCAUUGUGGACAACUCGCCAGCAUCCUACAUUUUCCACCCGGAGAAUGCGGUGCCGGUGCAAUCCUGGUUUGAUGACAUGUCGGAUACAGAAUUGCUCGAUUUGAUUCCCUUCUUUGAAGGGCUAAGCAAAGAAGAGAACGUUUACAACAUGCUGCAUAAACUUUGCACCAGGUAGCCCCAAACAGCGCCCUCCAGUGGUCGGCUGUGAUCUAAACCUCGUCUUUUAUUGGGGCCCACAUUUAUUUUUUUGCUUCUCCACAUUUGCUAUGAAAUUAGCCCCGCAGAAGGCGAUCGUUUUUAAAAAAUAAAAAAAGCUGCCACGGCCUUUCAUUCUUCUCACCGGUGACCGAGGCCGUUGAACCCCAUCUGGAGCCAUCCUUUCCGCUGAGCUCGGAACAAAAUAUAUGCCACAGAGGGACCUAGUUUUGUACAAAAAAAAAAAAAAUCUUGCCGCUUUCUCAGCGUCACAUUGGUUACCGAACAACUGACACCGGAUUACAAAAAAAAAAAGAAAAUAUUUUUAAAGAACGCUUUUCACUAAUUUUCAUAACAAAUUGUUAAAAGGACUUUUCAGGCUUUUAUAAAGGAAAACACCAAAUGAAUUGAUUCUACAGAGGAUGUAAGAACACGCUUAAUGCUAGCAAGCAUAUCUGUCCCCCCCUCCCCCACCUUCUCCGCCCUCUUGGUUUUUCCCUCCACUAUGCAGACAUAUCCUUACCCUUUGCUUCGAGCAGUUGACCUGUUUUCGGGGCCACUUUUCUCUCUCCUACAGAAUGAAGUGCCUUUUCAAGUGUUUGAUUUUAAGAAGAUAAAAGAGAAAAAAAAGAAAAAACAUUUUCUACUCAACGAAAAAUUUACAUAUCUCUUACCUUUCUACCGUCUAACAAAAAAAAAAAAAACAAACACAACUUUAUUAACGUACUGUCAAGACACUCGCUACUAAACAUGGAUUUCUCGAUGCAGGUCGCAUGUUGCAACACUAUUGUUUUUAAAAGAUUUUUCUCAUAUCCUGGGUUACAGGUUUGCAGUUUUUUGGGGAGGCCCGUCUGAUAAUUCUUCUUUUUUUUUCUUUGUUUUGUUUUUUUUCUUUGUUUUUUUCGUUGUAUUCAUUGCUCUAAAGUUCACAGACAUGGCCAUUGUAAAUUUUUAAUUGCUAUUUUGUGUGUUUUAUUAUUAUGUUGUUUUUUCCCCCCCCCCCCCUAUGUCUACAUUUUAUGAUAACAAAUACAUUUUUGUUUUGCCUCCUAUAUGUAUCUAAUUCUCAUGUUCGCAAUUUUGUUUAAAGGCAGAGAUUGCAGGAA